UCGGUCGUGUUGUUUUGUUACUGGUAGGGGUUCUUUGUUGUGAAAGCGAAAAAAAUCGAACUGAAAACGCAAAUCCAAUUAUUACAUUGGAAUUUUGAUUGUGAUUCGACAGUUUUCCGUGGAAUACCUUCAGUGGAUUGAUUCUCGUGCAAUGGGAGCAGUUUUGGGCUUAGUGUCGGCGGCAAAUCUUGCCUGCUGCUGCACCGGAACAGCAUGUUCCCUCUGCUGUUCGCUAUGUCCGUCGUCGUUGAAAUCCAACUCGACGGCGACGCGUUUCAUGUACGCCUUGAUGCUGCUGCUGGGAGCCAUCGUUGCUGCAAUAAUGCUUGCCCCGGGGUUGCAGGAUUUCCUCCAAAAGGUGCCAUUCUGCGCCAACUCUACAUCAACCGCUGGGCACCUGAUACCGAAUGCGGAAACGAUUGACUGCAGCUCGGCCGUAGGCUAUUUGGCCGUCUAUCGCAUCUGUUUUGCCUUGUGUUGCUUCUUUGCACUUUGGGCCCUCAUGAUGGUCGGGGUUCGUUCGUCCAAGGAUCCACGUGCUGCCCUGCAAAACGGGUUCUGGGGAAUUAAGUUUAUGAUCGUGGCCGCUAUCGCCAUUGGAGCAUUCUUCAUUCCGGAGACUGGAUUCGGUCCGGCUUGGAUGUGGGUCGGUCUGAUUGGUGGAUUUGCUUUCAUCCUGGUACAAUUGGUCUACAUCGUAGAUUUUGCCCACUCGUGGGCAGAAGCCUGGGUUAGCAACUACGAGGAAGAGGAAUCACGCGGAUGGUUCGCUGCGCUGUGCUGCGUCACCGGCUUGCAAUAUGCUCUUUCGCUGACCGGAAUCGCUCUUCUCUACGUUUACUUUACCGAAGCCGACAAUUGCUCGUUGAACAAAUUCUUCAUCACGUUCAAUAUGAUCCUGUGCUUGGGAAUCAGCAUUAUAUCGAUUUGGCCCAAGAUCCAGGAGCACGCACCCAAGUCGGGCCUGCUACAAAGCUCGAUGGUAACGCUGUACACAGUCUAUUUGACUUGGUCGGCCGUGGCCAACAAUCCGGAUACCGAAUGCAACCCGGGAUUCCUGGGAAUCAUCGGCGACAAGCAGAAUAAGGUUCACUUCGACAAAACGAGCAUCAUCGGCUUGGUCAUCUGGAUGUUGUGCAUUCUGUACUCGACGCUGCGCUCGGCCAACAAUGUGUCCCGUCUGGCUGAUCCGGAAAAGCAAGUCUUGGCAGCGACGCUAAGUGACGACAGUGGCUCGCACGCCGGUGGCGCAUCGAACGAAGUCCGUGAUAACGAAGAGGAUGCCGUUGCCUACUCGUGGUCCCUGUUCCAUGUGGUGUUCGUCACCGCCACGCUGUACGUCAUGAUGACGCUUACCAACUGGUAUCAACCCAACUCAUCGCUGGAUACCCUCAACGCCAAUGCCGCCUCAAUGUGGGUCAAGAUCAUAUCCAGCUGGUUCUGUCUGGGAUUGUACGCCUGGACCUUGGUUGCGCCGAUGGUUUUGAGCGAUCGCGAAUUCAAUUAGAUGUGCUGCAAGCAAAUUCGUCGUAAUUUUUAACCAGAGUAGAUAUCAAAUCUCCCAAUAGAAGAAGCUUUCCAAAGUUGUCAGUGUUGCAUUAGGUAACAUGUAGGUGGUUAUUGACUUUUACUUUUAAUACCGAGAAGGAUGUGAUAUGAUAAGGCUCAUUUUUCGAAAUGCUCGGAACGAAUGAAACGAAAAGGAAAUUUGAACUAGCAAUGGUAGCUUAAGUUUACCUUUAUUAUUAUAACUAACUAUACAGCAAGUACUCAACACAUAUUUGUCUUAAUCCAGACCAGAAAAUAAUGUAUAAUUUUCGUCCAACAAGUCUUAGAGAAUUAAUAAAGAGUCCAUUUGCGAUUGCAAAA